GGGGCCCGGGCCUACGCUUGGCGGAACCGCCGCUUCAAGGCGGGCGGGGGGGAAACGGGCAGGGCUGUGGAGAUGGCGGUGACGGCGACGGGGCGGCAGCAGGACCUGGAUAACGUGAGUGCGGGCGGAGCGGGGCUGUGGCGGCUCUGCGGGGCGCGGGGCGCGGGGGCGGAGUGUCGGCGCUCGAGCGGGACUGCGCUCUGUGUGAGGCGGCAUGGGCACGGCUGGCCGUGAGGAGUGCCGAGCUGGAUGCCUGCUGGGCUCCUUGGAAAUAACACAGAGUUUAGAAGAUGAAGCUCUGUUGGAUGCACCACUUACUUCGUCUCAUACACUGUAUUCUCAACUAAGGCCAAGAUUUCAUGCUAUCCCAGUAGUUCUUCUUGCCAAUUUUCUGUUGCUACUGCAUGUUGCUUUUGUUGUUCUAGCAUUUUUAGCAGCCAUGUUUUGUUCUUACCCCAAUCCAAAUCAGGAUAAAUGCCCUGGAAACUAUACUCACCCAUUUAAAGUACAGACUGUCAUAAUAAUUGCAAAAGUAAUUCUGUGGAUUCUGCAUGUGUUUUUUGAAUGCUAUGUCCACCACCACCACAGAAGAAUCAGAAGCAGAGGCUACUUCUUAAUAUAUCGAUCAACAAGGCAUCUCAAGAGGCUUCCGUUGAUGAUACAUUCUGCAGGUAAUGCAGCCCUGCUUUUGAUUUUGUCAACCCAGCAUUCCUUUCCUGAUCACAGUAAAGUGUACCUGUAUCUUAUCUUGGGAGUCCUGGGCCUGGAGCUGAUCAGUUCACUGACAUGUUUAGUGAUUUACACAGUGAAAAUAAGUAACUUCAAUCGUGCGAAGCCAAGACCUGACAUAAUUGAAGAAGAAAAGAUGUAUGCUUACCCUAGUCACAUUACCUCAGAAGUUGGAUUUGGGGAAAAUUCAAGUUUAGAAGAGAUAGUUGAGAAGCAAGGAGAUGUAAUAGAAUAUCUUCAACGACACAAUGCACUGCUCAGCAAGAGACUAUUGGCACUAACAUCUCAGCAAGUCAAAACUUAAACGCUUGGGAAGACUGCUGCUGGAGCUCAGGAGAGAAUACAAGGCAAUACAAUAUCCAAACAGACCUGUCUAGAUGACUCUUCAGUCUUCUUUCACAUUUUGAAAUAGAACUUAAAUUGCAAAGAUGAGCUCUGCAUCCAGUUGUCACAGGUUUACAGUGUACUCGAUGGCUUUUUUCACAUCAGUUCUGAGAAAAUGUUCAGGAACUUAAAGGAUUUUUAAUUCUUAAAAAGUUACAACUGGACCUAUGGUUUAACUUUUUUCAGUUGUUGCUAUUAUUUUGCACUGGUGUAGGUUUUUGAGCUUUAAGUUACUGAAGUACUUUCUAGAAUACACAUUUGUUCUCAAAUAAAACCUAAUUUUGCAGAGGAUGCCUGUCAGUUUACAGUACUGAAGCUGGGAUCUUGGAUCUAUGUGUUCAAUCACUGAACUUCAUUAUUUCCAGCAUUAAAGGUGUUAUACUUCAGUAAUCCUGUACAAAGAAGAUACUUGCAUUCUAGACUUGUUUUCUCCUUUGUCCAGUAAAGGAAUGAAGUUGUUUCCUAUGCCAGCAGGAAUAUUUAGCAUCCAGUUAAAAAAAAAAAAAAGGCAGAAGGGGAGGGUGGUAUCCUAAAAGGUGUUGUUACACAUGUGAGAUUUGAUAGUGUUAUGAUUAGCAAUUCGAGCAGCUGAUCAGAAUGCUGGUGCUAGAUAACAAGAAGGCGUUUUCAGGUCUACUCAUUCUCCUGUUACUGGGAUUGUGUAUCAGCGAAGACUAAACAGGAUUCCUUCUGCCUGCCAAACUAACAUGCAAAUGGUUGGAGUGCUCUCAUUGACCCUGUAACCAAUUUGUGUUCAAUUGAGUUUAAAGUUAGAUCUUGUUAAAGAUGCUAUUGAAGUUGCAUGUAUUCUUGCUCUAUGUUUCAACUCUUCAAAAAUGUCACUGUCUUAAUUCAAAAGCCAAAAUGUAAAUGUGUGUGGUAAAAAUCAGCAGGAGGCAGAAUGGCCUUCUGGAAGUGGAAAAACAAGAGUUUUCAGUUCUGAUAGAAUAGAUUUAUUUGGGAAGGGUGGUAAAAACCAUUCUCUUCAGAUACUUUGUCUACCACUGUAGUCUAAGCAUUAUUUUCGAAGCAAACAUCUGUGGGAAGACAGAAUAAUUACUGGUCAAAACUGGGAGGAAGAUUCUCAUGAGGAGUGGUCUUGUGGUUGAGUGUGAGGGAAAGAAACAUAAAUAUUCUAUUUUUGUACUGGAACACAACUUCAGAAAUAACUGUCUAGUGUAAUAACAAAGAUGGAGAUUGUUACAAUAAGAAAACAAAUGUUGAUAUUUUGCUGUCUAACACUAAACUGUGCCCCCUAAUUGUUUUUUGAAAAUAAAGCCAUGAUUUUUAUAGUAAACUUAGAAAGUAUAUAAAUGUGUUUGUUUUUAGAACUCAGGUCUCAAUGUGAUUGUGUACGCUGACUUAUAUAACUGAUAUGAAAAACAUUAAACUGACUGAAGUUCAUGUACAAUAAAUACAACUAAGGAAA